AUGCACAUCUCCAGCUUCAUCCACGUGCCGGCCUGGACGCAGCACCAGAGCCCAAGCCCAAAGCCACGAGGCACUCUAAGCCAUUUUCGAUCUCUGUCGACCUUUUCACAGUCCUCCGUCUCUUCAAACAACAGAGCGAACAUGCCUACUAGGCCGCCUUCGGUGUCCAACUUGGAAGAAAUGGCCUCACCUAGAAACUCAGCCUCCUUGGACAUUCUACAACCCAGAAGGAUGCCAUCAAACCAAUCAAUUGCAGAAGACCAAGAUUUCAACACCACCUCGGAUCCAAGAAGGAGCCCAAGCAAUGGCAGCGCGACCCCUUCACAUCACCCUGACCUUGACAACGAAGUUGCCACCCUGAGCACGAAACUCAUAAACGCAAUCAACCAUCAGACGACUCUUGACGACACGCUCUCGUCGACGCGGCAGGAACUGGAAGAGGAAAGAAACAAGAUACGCGAGCUCGAGGAAACAGUAGCCCGUCAACAAGAACAGCUAUCAGGGGAUGUCUGGGUAAGGCGUUCGACUGUCGAGAGCGAGAAGAGGCAGUUUCUCGUACGCAUUGCUGAGGAAAAGAAGGCCAAGCUUGAAAUCCUACAGGAGAAGAAGGAGAUGGAGAAGGAGCUGGAGAAUCUGACUACCGCCCUGUUUGAGGAAGCCAACAACAUGGUCAUUUCUGCCAAGGAAGAAGCGCAAAGAGAGCACGACGCGAUUCAACGCAAGAACGACCUUCUGAAAGCCCAGUUAGCCGACACGGAGAGCUUGCUACGAUCUCAACAAGAGCAACUCAUCGAACUUAAGUCUGUCAUGGAACAGAUGACGUCCGAUCGCGAUGACCGUAGCGGGACGACGCCUUCGUCUCCUGACUUCAGCAAAUUCGACUCGAGAGAUGACGAGCAUGCGAGCGAUAUGGCCUCGCAAUCGGCUAUUACAGAGCCGUUCUCGCCCACUUAUCCUACGAGCCUGACACACCUGCUUCAACCAGUCUUACGAACAGACUUAUUAGCCUACGACGACUUCCUGGCCCUUGUCCAGACAUCGAAGCGAGCUCCGAGCCGCGUCUCUAGUGGAUCGUACAGCGGACUUAAUCCGCUCUUGAAUUUCACAGGCGCCGGCUCUACGCCCUCUAACGCGUCCACUACAUCUCUCUCAACAGCUGGAACACCCUCCAACAACUCCUCGCCGCAAACACCGAAUACGCCCGCGUCAGCCUUGAGUAGCUCCUCUGCUGCUGCUGCGCCACUGCCACCCCUAAAGGAGACAAAGUUCUUCAAAAGGGCCCUUGCUGAGGACAUAGAGCCGACGUUGCGCCUCGAUAUCGCACCAGGUCUAUCCUGGCUUGCGCGCCGAUCCGUGCUCACUGCCAUGACUGAAGGGAACAUGGUGGUGGAGCCGGUACCCACGAACAGCAGUUUUGCGCACAUUACCAAGCCUCAGUUCUACCCGUGCUCGUUAUGUGGUGAGAGUCGUAGGGAUACUCCUCACCUCCGCAUGCACCGUUUCAAGACGAGCGAGUCUGAAUCUGCACAGCGUUAUCCUCUCUGCAAGUAUUGCUUGACCCGUCUCCGAUCUACUUGCGACUUCCUGGGCUUUCUGCGUAUUGUCAAGGAUGGUCACUGGCGAGCCGACGAUGCCGAUGCGGAGCGUGCAGCCUGGGAAGAAAGCGUCCGACUGAGGGAGCAGAUGUUCUGGAGUCGCAUAGGAGGCGGUGUUAUUCCGGCUGCCCAAGCACACGCAAUGCAUGCCGGCAGUAUCGGCGAGAAGAGUCCGCGCGUCAGCCAUGAAAUACAAACCAAAGCGACGACGCAUGUUCUCACGCCAGAGACGUCCUCGGACGUCACGGAGAAGACUACCACGCCGCCAGUCGUUGACCAGAAUGCGCACACCCCGCCGCCACAGGAACAUGAUGUCGUUUCCACUGCUCAGCCAGCAACACAAGGCCUUGACCACGACGAAAAGCCACAAGUCACCGAGGUAGAAGCGAACCCAAGAAAUUCGACCCAAUCUCUUUCAGUCGAUCAACCUGAGUCCGAGAUAGAUGGCAUCAAGCGGCUUUCUAUUACGAUUCCGGGAUCAUUCGACGCAAUCUAA